CACUUACAUAUACAGCGACGACACACAAACCCAUCAAGCUAUAUAGUUCCCGGCGACCUCCAUAUAAACACACAUCAAUGGACUUUAAGGGGCUGAGCCUGAGCUCACAAACCGGGUCGGCAUGGACCAACGAGAAGCACGUCCACUUCUUGAACGCGAUGGAGUCCUCUUUUGUACACACAAUGCUCCAAACUAACGCUCGCCUCGAUCGUUAUUUGCCUGAUAGUUCCGAGUCGACACUAGAUUUGAAGACCCACAGAAGGAAAAAGCAUGCUAGCUCAGUUGAUGUUGUUGAGUCGAGAUCCAAAAUGGGUGGUAAGGCUGACAAGAGAACAAGGAGACCAUCAUCACAAUCGCAUCCCUGCAAUUCAUCGGAAUUUCAGGUGGUCCCACAGCUUGGAAACAGAAGGGAUGAGCAAGAUCAAAGCCACCAACCUAAUUCUGCACCCGUGCCAUCUGCCAACUGAGAGAUUCUUCUUCUUUUUUUUCUCUACAAACUUUUAAGAGAAAUAAAGAUAUUCGUUUCUGAGAUCGACUUCCAACUCUUGUAUUAGACUAUUAAUUCACUUAAUCAGGGUUUCUUUUAUGAAAUCACUUAA